CGGAAACGGAAUAGACGAAAGCGGGGACCGGAAGCGGAAGUCUCCCGCGCGGCCGAGCCAAGAUGGCGGCCUCUUGCGAUCACUGCGGGGCCGCCGGCGCUCCGUACACGUGUCCCCGCUGCAACCGCCGUCUCUGCUCCCUCGGCUGCUACCGCGGGCACGGGGCCUGCGCCGAGGCCUUCUACCGCGAGCAGGUGCUGCGGGAACUGAGCUCCCAACCGCCUCCGGAGCCGUCCGACAGGGCCCGGCUGGGGGACGCCAUGGGGAGGCUGCGGGACGGCGCGGGGGGGGGAGAAGAGCGCGGGUUGUGGGGGCGGCUGAGCGAGGAGCAAAAGGCCGAAUUCCGGAGGAUGCUGAAAAACGGGGAGGCCGCCCGGCUGCUGCCUCCGUGGAGGCCGUGGUGGUGGGGGAGGAGGAGGCUGGUGGAGGAGAUCGGGGGAGGGGAAGAGGGCUGGGCGGCCGGGGCGGGGAAGGGGACCAGCAGCAACCGCGCGGCGGCCAUCGAAGGCACAGACAGCAAGAAGGAGGACGGUGUGGCCGGUAAGAGCACGGCCAGCAAGGGGACGGCCAGCGUGGGCAAUGAGAGGGACGGCAGGGUGGCCAAGGAGAAAACAGCCAAGGUGGUCGAUGAGAGGAUGGCCAGUGCAGCCCAUGUGGCCAAUGAGAGGACAGCCAAUGUGGUCAGCUUGGCCAAUGGAACUGAAGCCAAUGUGGCCAAUGAGAGGACAGCCAAUGUGGUCAACUUGGCCAAUGGAACUGAAGCCAACGUGGCCAAUGAGAGGACAGCCAAUGUGGUCAACUUGGCCAAUGGAACUGAAGCCAAUGUGGCCAAUGAGAGGACAGCCAAUGUGGUCAACUUGGCCAAUGGAACUGAAGCCAAUGUGGCCAAUGAGAGGACAGCCAAUGUGGUCAACUUGGCCAAUGGAACUGAAGCCAACGUGGCCAAUGAGAGGACAGCCAACAUGACCAACGUGGUCAGUGAGACUGAAGCCAACAUGGCCAAUGAGAGGACAGCCAGUGUGGCCAAUGAGAGGACAGCCAGUGUGGCCAGCAUGGCCAAUGGAACUGAAGCCAACGUGGCCAAUGAGAGGACAACCAAUGUAGCCAAAAAAGGCACAGCCAGUGUGGCCAAUGAGAGGACAGCCAGUGUGGCCAACGUGGCCAAUGAGGGGACAGCCAACUUAGCCAAAAAAGGUACAGCCAGUGUGGCCAGUAAGAGGACAGCCAACGUGGCCAAAAAGGGCGCAGCCAAUGUGGCCAACGAGAGCACAGCCAAGAUGGCUGACAAGAUCGAAGACUUGGUGACCAACGUGGCUGACAAGAGCGCGGCCAAGAUGGCUGACAAGAGCGAAGCCUUCGUGGCCAGCAAGAGUGAGAACAUAAGGAAGGAGGAGGAGGAGGAGGAAAGCAAGAAGCUGGAGUGCAGGGACACCAGUGACAACGGGGGCAGUGGUGGCAGUGGGGUCAGCAAUGACAUUGGGGUCAGCGGUGACAACAGGGUCACCAAUGAUGGUGAGGACGGCGAUGACAACAGUGUCACCGAUGACAGUGGGGUCAGUGGUGGCCGUGGGGUCACCAUUGGCGAUGAGGACGGCGCUGACGCCGGUGACACCGAUGGGGACGGCGACGAUGAUGACGCCGGCAUUCCAGGCCCGAUGCCCCCCACCCCCACCUGGGUGCCCCCCCUCAGCUCUUUCCGUGCUCCAACCCCAUCCCCGUUGCUGCGCUUCCAGCUUCCCAACGUUCUCUACGGUUACGCCUUCGCCCUCAGCCUCCAUGUGGGGGACGAUUCCUUCCUCCCAGAUGUCGCCAUGGCCGCCAUGGCCGUCUCGGCGGCUCUGCGUUGCCGUCGGCCCUUCUCCUCCACCGCGGAGGCUCUGCUGGAUGCCCGGCGCUCGGCCGAAGCUGCCGGUUACCCUCAGUGUCCUUUGGGCGACGCCGGCGCCGUCGCGGCCGUGGCUGAGCUGAUGAGGGGACGCAGCCGGCAUCGACCCACGGAGGACGCAGAGACGGCGUUGCAUCACAUGGAGGUGAUGCUGGAGAGGGCGGGCAGGAUGGAAAGGGGGGAGGAGAGGGAAAGGUUGGGCCGAGCGCGGAGGAAAUGUCGCUUCCUGCUGGCCUGGAGUCGGGAGAGAGGAGCGGCUGCGCUGCGGGAGAUGGCGGCUGAAGCGGAGGAGCUGAGCGCCAAAAUGGCGGCGGGGGGGAGGGGGCUACACACCCACCUUCGAGCCCUGGCCACGCCCCCUACCAAAAGCCACGCCUACGACCGUUCCCUGACACCAGACCCUCAGGCCACGCCCACCACCAAAAGCCACGCCCAUUACCAAUCCCUAGCCACGCCCACAGAACAACCCACGCCCCAUAACAAAAGCCACGCCUACGACCGUUCCCUGACACCAGUAGAACCUCAGGCCACGCCCAACACCUAA